AGCGCUGCACAGCGGCCGUGGCAGCGUUCGAAGCUGCUGCUGUCAGUGCCUGAGGCCCCAGCCCGGCGGAAGGAGCGUCCUGUGCUGAGUGCUGCGGAACCGGGAUGAGAGCGUGGGCUGUGUUCAGUGUUUACAGCUUGAAGGAUGCUUUUUGUGCAGCCUAGAGGAGAAGCUACGCUGGGCGCCGUGUUCGGGCUGACCACCUGCCUCAGUGCCCAGGUGCGGGAGGAGCACGAGAGCCCCUUGGACUAUUUCAUUGGGGGCUGUACCACAGGAGCUGUCUUAGGAGCCAGAGCUCACAGUUACAUGACCGGAACCGUCGCUUGUUUGGGCUUUGGAACUACUGCUGCAUUAAUGAAGAUAGGAAAUAAGGAAGGCUGGAGGCUAACGGGGCCUCCCAAGCUGUAAAUGUGCCAUUCCACCCUGCAAGCUGGAUCUUGAGUGCUGUAUGUAAUGAGACGCUGUGUAAUAAAGAAUACUGUCAAAUGGGCUGUCA